AUGCUACAAAGAAGUUUCUGGAAGAAGAGCAGCACGGAGAAGAAAACCAAACAGAUGAUGAGUUGCCUGAUGAUCAAAAAGACUGUAAAUGUUCUCAGAUCUUUGCAGUGGAGUUGUUGAGUUACAUAUCCUUAAAAAUGGUGACCAAAGCUGCAGUAAUGAGAUGUAAGUUUGUGCAUGAAACAGAAUUCCUCAUUACAGCAGAGCUCUGUGAGAAAUUCAUGAAAAUCAUCUCUGAGUUUGUUCAGAAGUAAAACUCAGAGAGAGUUUUACUGCUGAUCCUGACUGUGUCGUUCAGUUCAGUUGUUCUGAAUCAUACUGUAUAUUAUCACAUCUUUUCAGUAUUAUCAUGUUUAAAUUAGAGGCUUUUUCUGCAGGUCAUUGCUUUGUCUCUGUGCAGAUGGUUGAUUUUGCCUUUCACAGAGAGGCAUCAAGUUUGUCUGUUUCAUAACCAGAUAUAAACUCCUCACAUUAAAGAAGCUGAAACCUGCAGCCAUUUCUGUCUUUGAAUUUGACUUUAUAAGUUUCUUAAACCAGAUUUGACCCUCAAAUCUUCAAAACUCGGUCACUAAAUCGACUUUAUUUGGCAGAAAAAGCAGAAUUUUCUCAUGGAUUCCUUUACCACCACUCAGUUUCAGCCUUUUUAAACAUUGCCAGUUUGUUACUGACACCAGCAGUAAAAAGCUCAAUGCCAUUCACAGCUAUUUACGGCUGCACUGACGGAUUUAUCCUCUGCAUAUCCACAUCUACCUCCACAAAAGCAGCGAUUUCCUCCAAGUCCACCUGUUUUUUUUUUCUGUGGUAAAGAUGCAUUUCUCAUAUAUUCUUUUUAAAGUCCUCAUAAUUAUGGCAAUAUGAUGCUGAUGUGCCAAAGGAUGAAGAAUCUCCUUGUUUGUGAAACCUGUACUGAAGCACAGUUCCUUCAAAUGCUCAAUGGCCCUAAUUUGAACGACUUUACGACUUUAUUCUCAUGAAUUAAUGACUUUAUUCUCGUAAAUUCACGACUUUAAUCUCUCAAUGUGGCCAUCAAAACAGGCAAUCAUUGGAUGAAUUUUGUGUUAAGUAUCUGUACAGUCCUUUCCUCUUUUUUUAUGUUGGAUUUUACAUGUUUAAAACCGAUAAAAGUACAUCUUUUUUAAUAUUUCUGUGCGGGUUUAAAGGAACAGCGUCGCUCAGUCUCGUCCAUCAGAUCUGCCACAGACUCCUGCCCCGCUACACCACUUGUGUCACGGGGAUUUAAGCAUUACUGGUCCGGCACAUGGCGCAGAUCCAGCUUUAAAUCUGUGUGACUUCAGCUCCAGCUGAGCGUAAUAAGGGAUGGAGAGACGCGGAGGGCGCAGCAUCAGCAGAUCGACGGUCAGAGCGCACGGAGCAGCUUCUCCUCCUCCUCCUCCUCCUCCUCCUCCUCCACAGCAGCAGGAGCAGCAGCAGCGCUCACAACAACAAGACAGAUCCGCACACAGGCGACCUAAAUUAUCGCAAUUAUCAGAGACUCCCCCGAGGUGUUCGGCAGCCGGAGAGGGAAAUUAACGAAGAAGGAGGACGGAGCAGACUGAGACAGAUGUUGGAGGAGUCUGUUCGAAUGUAGACACAAGAGGAAGGAGAGGGAAAGUGUGCCGGACAGAGGGAUGAACACGUUUGUCAGCUGGGGAGGGACGAUGAGCAACAAAGAGGAGGAAGUUUUCUGUCCAUCUCUCCUUCGGUGAAAGAUUCAGCAGGUGAGUUCUUCUCAAUUUCGCCUUUUUCUCAAACUACUUUACAGGUUUUACACGAUUUUACUUUCUGUUUCACUUUGAAACUACAAGGAUACAGAAGAAUCGUUUCUUCUAUUGGCGCCAAGGUGACUCCCGUAAUGUGAGGCUGAAACUGAAUUUGUAGACAUUUAUAUCUGUAAAAGAUUUAAUGUGAUGACUGUUAUGACUACUCCUAUCUGAUUCAGUUGCUCCUCGUUUGUCAUCACUAAGCCACUACGAUAAUCCUUGACCGUUUCCACCGAUGCGUAAAGUGUGCCAAGCGUUUUUACGCAGUUAUUGAUCGACUCCUGCUUCGAUUUCCACAGCCUUCAUAAUCAAAAGUGGGAUCUGUGGUGACUUCAAAACGCAAAUAUUUUAACAACGUUAUCUAAACUCAAAUUUAAGGCGGGAAGGAGGUGGAAAAGAUCGAAUAUCUGAUAUUCGAGCUGAGGUGAAGUUUCCGUUGUUGUUUUUGUUUCUUUAAUUCAUGUUACAAUAGAGAAAAGUUGUUCGUUUUAUUACAUCUUUAGUGCAGAUCGAGUCUCUGUGAUGAGAUUUUCCUUUUCUGGACACAAAGCUCUGCUGUGGGAUCAGCCUCUUGUGUUGUAAUUUCAUACUGACCUAUAUUGAUGAUGAUUCCCUUCACUGUUUUUUUCACUAAAUCUCCUGAAACCCAGAAAAAUCAGCCGCCUCUACAUUAAUGAUGAGUCUGUAACCCUCAGUCUGACUUUUUAUGUUGUUGUUGAUGUUUUUGGAGAGCGACUCCCCGCUCAUGUGAGCAGUAAUCCUCUGGGUAGUUUGUUCCAUAAACCUAAAAAGAGUCGGAGCAGACUGUGUUUUAACUGCAACAGAAGAGACCUCAGCGUGUGUGUGUGUGUGUGUGUGUGUGUGUGUGUGUGUGUGUGUGUGUGUGUGUACGGUUUUUAAAUCCAGGGUUUUUAGCCUCACUGUGAUUCAUCAAACCUCUUCUUAUCGGCAGUGAUGACUCUCUGUGUUAGAUUGGAUUAUGAUCUCAACUGCAGUCCGGUGAGAUCCAGUAUCAGGGCUCAGAGGUGAGGUGGGACCAUGCAGCAGCAGCAGCAGCAGCAGCAGACUGUCCCUCCUCUCCUCCUGUUGUCAUAAUGAGGACACACACUCGUCACAUCGACUCCUCUGUGGCUCAGGAGGAGCAGAUCACCAUCGAGGGAGCACCAAGGAUUUGACGCUUGGGAUUCUGCCAAAUGGGCAAUUUAAUCAGAGGGCAUUUUAUGCAGAGAAGUGUGUCAGUCUCUUUGUUAGAGGAUGACUUAUCUGCACUGUUAUAUUGGGCUGCUGCUCCAAACCUCAAUGAGGGGCCGCAGGCAGUAUGGAAGAAGUAUAUGACAAGUCUUUAACUAGUUUCCCGGCCGUGCUGUGGUGCAGCAGGGAGUCCAAGUUCUCCGUGUCUCUGCAGUGGUGUCUCACUUUGCAGUGCUUGUUUACAGCAGUAGAGAUGCUGUUUGGGAAUCAGGGGAUCACCCGUUCAAAUCCCGCUGUUACUCAAGCCUGAAAUUUGGAAUAGCGGGCAGUAAAUAUGCAGCAUCUGGUUGGACUUUAAAGGAUCUGUGAGGAGUUUCAAACAUGAAGUACUUCAUUAAUCCCUAAUUGCAGCUACGAUCGCAGUCAAAUAAAGGACAAAGACAUUAGGACGCCUAAAAAUGAACAUAUAAAACAUAAGUAAGAGUAUCCAGAACAGAUUAAAAUAAAAACACAAAGUUCUCAAUCCAAGAUAUUUAAAAAUGUUAGAAGAAAAUGAUCCAGUGUGCAAAAGUACCAGGAGGGCAAGUUGCUCUAAAACCCCAAAGAUGAAUAAUGAGUUUAAACAGUUAUUAAUACAAAUGCAUGAAGAAUUCAUGGGCUGCAUGUUUCCUAAGAGUUACUGUGAUUUCCUUUAGUGAGUGUUGUAAUGUGUCAAAUACAGAAAUUUUAAGACAUUUUUAAAAACACACUUAAAUUAUUUUCUAUUUGGAUCUUUUAGUCUGUUUUCUGCUUUUAAACUGUGACUCUAUUUUAGGACAAACUGUAUUAAACACUAACAGGAGCUCUGACAUCUGUGUGAGGAACUGGAGGGUCAAAAAGAGGGGGGAAUAGGUUCAGAUGGAACAACAGAUCACUACAUUAACUGUGCUGAUAAAGGUACAAAUACAACACAUACAAUCACUGAGUUUUAUCUGCGUCGAGAGUCCUGUGACACUCUGUGGUCCGGCGGUUAGUUUAGCGUGCAUGUUUACGUUCUACAGUCAUGUUACACAGUUACAGACUGACAGCAGCUUGUUUGGGUAUUUCACAAACAUCCUCUGUUGUUAUCUUGGAGUGUUUUUAUGUGACGAUGUCGGCUUAAACGUCCAAGUUUGAGACUUUGUUUUGUGCAGGUCUUCCACUGAACAUGUGAGACAGUUUGCACCGUCUGUAAGUGGAGUUAAGUUUGUUUUUAUACAUUUAAAUCGACUGUGAAGCAGUCACAGUAUUCCUACAAGUACAUAAGAUACAGAUAACCUGAAGUAGAAUCAAAGAUGUCAAUGCACGUCGACGGAUAAAUGAUGAGCUGUGAGAAAAGUCUAAAAGUGAUGGAGUUGUUUUGUAUCGAUGAUUUUGAAAGCCAUUGUGCCGACCUAAAUGCUUCAUUAUCAGCGUUAUUCGCCUUUUUGUGUCUUGGUGUUUGUUAAUGUUUCGCAGUUCGAUGCUUUUGUACAUUAAGUGUCUGUAAAGAGGGACAAUUAUUCUCCCAAGGUGAUCACCUUUAGUCUGCCUGAUACUGUGACUGUAAAAAUCAGAAUCCUAACAUCAUUUUUGAAGCAAGAACCAACCGAGUAAGCUUCUGUAUUCGAUGAGUCGUCUCUGAGUCUGUGUUGGAUUUAUCAGGUUUAGAAGCAGACAUGAACUAAGUUAAUUCUCCAACUCUAAUCUUUGUAUUCAAAGACAAGUCGUCCCGUUUCCCCUCAUAUAUGUUCGGAUCGGCUUGCUUUCAAAGAUCUCCCAACCAGGGAUGAAUUUUUCAUGUUUUCUCGUGUUUUUCCGAGCAGGAAACUUCUUGGCUGCAGAUGAGUCACUCUUGAAAACAUUAUUUCUAAAUAUCUGUCCUCAAAAAGCCGAACGCUGCUACAUAUUCAUCGUCCCAUUAGCAGAAAUGAGAGAACUGGCAGAGUGCUUCACUGCAGUUUUGAUUUCUUUCCAACUGCAGCGCAUUAAUAUCAGACUUAUAGCUGAAGAUGUUUGUGAAAAUCUGUGAGCCUGCAGCAGAGCAUCUGCACACUUACCCACCAUGCUUCAGUCGUCCCACUGUGAGAUCAACACCACUGUGAGCUUCAGUGCUCUUCUUGUUUUCACAGUGAUAAAUGUUGUUUCCACUUUGAGUCUUCGGAUAAAUGUCUCAGUUUUCUCUCCGACUCUCUCCAGGGUAAACUUUCCUUUUUUGCUGUUUCUUACCCUUGACUAGAAGUGUUUUCACAUCACGAUGAACUGAAUCUGAGAUUUCUUUUUGGUCGAAGCCAAAGUCCACAGACUUGAGUCCUCUCCAGGCCAUGAUGCCUUUUGUGGAUGAAAAAGAAAAGAUCAGACGCUCACUGUUGCUGCAGAAAUGUUAUCGGGGCAUAAAUGAGGAGUUGAAUGCCACCGGCCUGCGGCUGGAGUCUGCUGCAGACUUUUGUUGUUUGGCCUUGAGAGAGGCUUUUUCAUAUCUGAGCUUUCUUUAAUGCUGCAUGUUUGCUUUCAGGCUCAGAGAUGCGUGCGUCCUUUCCAGUUUGUUAUAGCUGACCUUUUUAUUGUAUGGAAGAGUUUGAAUGUGAUCUAUGCCGACCUCAGUUUUUGAAUAAGAUAUAAGUUCGACUCAGAAACAUCACAGUCUGUCUCUUUUUCUCCAUACUGGCAGAACAUCGACUGUAAGACAACCAACACUUUUUAAGAUUCGUUUUUAGCAGCGUGUUGAACGUCUUUAACUUUACACUCGUUUAUUUACCAGAAAAACAACCACCAGACAUAAACAAUCUAUGUGCCACUUUAAAUGCAUAGAAAGGUGUUUUAUUGUGUUACUGAUUACGACUCUGGUCAGUAUUCUGGACACACAGCGGGGCAGACAGGUGGAGCAGCGCCACAUUAAAACAGCCUUUGUCAUAACCAUGAAUUUAAAGAAAACGCUGGUCUACAGUUUAACAGCGGCUCCGCCCAUCUAAGUUCAUGUCACUAAUGUCCUCUUCCCUCACAAGUCUGACGCCUUCAGCUACUGGAAGUGUGUAAAAUAACAAAGAGAUAUGGUGCAAGAAAAAAGCUUUACAAUCGCACAAAGCUGAAGCCUGAAACAUACAGGAUCCGUAUUGAGCGCGCUCCGUCAGCAUCACGUCAGCGUCGCGUCAGCGUCGCGUGUCACACAGCAAAUAGGUUCCCAUGUUAAUCAAUGAAGUACCGCAUACAGGGCGCGUCUCCGUCUCAGAAGCGUGUCGAGCAAACACACAGAAACUAUUUUUGCUGCUCUACGCUUCCAACACUCGUCAAUCAACACAGAGAAGAUCGUUCUAGACAGGAAGUCAAGCACAGAAACCGUGCAUGUAAUCUGGUAAAUUUCAAAAUAAAACACUGUAUGUGAACUCCUGACUGUGUAUCAGUUGGUGUAGAUGAGAAAUCCUUCCUGGUUCUGGAUUUAUCAGUAACACAGAACAAUCUGAUGGUCGAUCCCUGAUCCAUGUGGACCCCAACAGGACUUUGACCUGCUAACUCUGUCUGAAGGGAACAGCAGAAAGGAACAGAGUUUACUUUAUUAAACACGAGUAAACCUGCAAAAACACAAACUGGAGAAGAGUUUGAAACAGGAGCCGUAUUUUAACAUGGAGGAGAUAGGCUUCAUAACCCACCAGUAGGGGGAGCUCCAAAUGUUUAGGGAGCUGUCAUGUUGUUCAUCGUUAAUACCGUCUAUAAGGGGAAUAUACAAGCCACGGCGUAACCUCAGGAGACCUCAUCUGCCGUCCAAUGACAGUCCAGCGCUUUAUAUCAUCGCCGGCUCUGACUCCACGUGAACAAAGACACAGAGAGAGAAGCUGCAGCAGAAAACCUGAAACUUCUGCUCUGAGGAGUUUUACUGUCCAGACGUUUCUGGACGAUAACCAGCAGCUUCUGUAGUUUGAGCUUUUCGUACAAAGUGGAGCAAAAUGCAGAUUUAUGCACAUUUGUAUUUAGGACACUUAAUCUGAUUCAAAGGUUAAUGAACAGCUUCACAUCUUGGCAGCUAGUUUGCAGCCAUGAAAGCUCUUAAAUCAAAGUCUCAGACAAACACAAAGAAAGCGACUGGCAGGUUUACAGAACAGGAGUGUAAUACUGACCAGAAGGAAGAGCCUGGAGGAUCUGAAGAGGGAGACAUAGUAGAGGGGGAAGAGUGGAGGGUGAAGUAAGGGCAGGAGGAACCUGAGAGAGCAGGAGACUCUGACUGGAGAGCUAGGAGAGUGUCAGUUUAGCAAAGUCUAUGGACGAUUUUUCUCCUGUCAUGUCUUUUUGUCCUCAACAGUUAAGCUGAUGAGGAUUGAUUUCCACUCGGUGCUGGCUUUACUGGUUCCCAUCUGUCAGUGUUUUUUUUUGGUCGGGGCUUCAGGGCGAGCGGGGAAAGGUUGUGAAUACCUGCCAAACCUAAAAGUCGUUGAGAGACUCCAUAAACGGAAGAAAAUAAUAAUCAAAAGCCCGAGUAAGAGACGAGCGGAGGGAUAUAUAAGAUAAUUCAGAAGAAGAGAAGAAAACUGUAAAAUGUAAACAUGCACAAGAGUCGCAGCGCUGAUGCUUCCAUGGAUUAUAAGACAUUUGAAAUUGUUAGGUUAUAUUAGAUUAGUUUAAGGACGAAUGUAUCACUCCGCCUACUUCCUAAUGUGGGUAUAAGUGCAGAAAAUAGACCCAAAGAGAGAGGCCCCUUUGGACGGACGAUAUCCACAACCUUCCAAACCAUCCAUCAGAUCAUCAGAGAUUAGUCGGGUAUGUGGUGGAUUAAUUAAAAGGUUUGGACCGUCAGUGCAGUAAAGGUCAAACUGACCAAAAGUGCAUGACUGAAGGGACAGCAGAGAGUGUCAUCUCACUCCUGUCCUUACAGCAGGAAGAAAACACAUCAGAUGUAAAAGCUCGAAAUGACUGUGUGUUCAAUAACGGCUCAAUUUCCACGCAUCCAUUUACUUUACCCAUUUAACCAAGGUCAAUGGGGCUGCAACCUAUUUAGCAUGCAAUGGGCAGGAGGCGGGGUCUCUGAGGAGGUGACCCAGUCCUUGGCGGAGCUCUGAGGAGGAAUUGUCAAAAGAAUAACUCAAACGAAUUGAUUUGAAGAUGUCACGGUUACAUAACAACAGAGGGAAGUUACUCAUACUGUACCAACACAGUAUACUGGGUUUAUUUCAUUAAUAAGAACAUUUUGGUCUGUUUUUACACUAUCUUAUUAAAAAUACAGAAACCUAAUCACUACAGAGCGACUGGACUUCUCGUAGCUCAGGUAAAACGUGGCCUUGAACUGCUGGACUAAUGGAGACGUUAGUAACGGUCUGCAGAGCACCCCGCCCCCCCAGAGGCAGUUUUAUCAUUUUCAGCCAUACUGUAUGAAUAAAAUACCACCCUCCAUUGUUCUGGUGAUUUUAACCAGUUUCUUACAUUACCGGGUUCUCCUGAAAGCCCUGGAGAAAAGACUUAAUUCACCUCACAGAGCGUAGACGCUGCCCCUACACUAACAAGAGCAGCUGAUGUGUCGAUUUAACCUGAGGAUGUCUGCCUUUACAGAAAUACUCUACAGCUACUAUAACCUAUCUCUAGAUUUUAUAUUGAAGUGUUGAACUUUCUGUACUUAAAGUUUUGUAGAGAUAAGAAAAGUUAAACAGGCAACAGUUGAAGAAAGUCGACCUUCUACCAGAUACACCUCCAGUUCUUCCAGGGGGAUCCUGAGGGUCCCAUGCCAGAUGGAAUAUAAGAUUAUCCCAGAUAGCUCAGAGUCUUCCCAAACCCCAAAUUUCCAGAAUGGCGGUGAAAAGGCUGUAUGCGCCGAUCACAGCUCAUUGUUUCCAGUCAAGUUAAUGUGUCAAAUUCCACCGGCUUCUUUCUGGCCCCCUGCGGUUCAGCGGACUCCGUAGCCAAUUACCAGAGUCCUAUUAUUUCAGAACGCCGCAGCAUGCUGCAUAAAUUCAGCACAGAUUAACCCGUGCUGGAAAGGAAGUCGGGCAGAGAAAUUGGGGGUAAGACCUCUUUUAGGUCGGACAUACCUCUAACACCUAAACUGACGCUGUAAACCACCCUGAUGCCAACAGAACCACAUCAUCUGCAAACCUACACUGGAGUCCCCUUAUCUCCCUCAGGAAUACCCUAACAGAGGCCAACACAGACCGAGAACAUGUCUGAGAGACUUUUAAAUGAAUUGAACUGUAGGGCUGACAACAUUUCCUCUAGCAGGAUAGUCGCAAACCUGCAAACAAGACGGCAAACACUCCUAACAUGAGCAGAAACUACGCUGCAGAUUAGAUAAACUAAUGUUGAAGAUUUUGCAUGUGAGAAAUGUCGAGUGUGGAGGUUUAUCAGUGUCCUCAUAAAGGUUUAAAGGUCAGGGACUGACAGGUUUGAUGGAGCAGGUCCGUGCAAAAACCCACAGCUGCUGAGAUAAUUGAGCAAAUAAAAGCAGAGAAGCUCAAAGACAUGAAGAGCGCCUUUUCAAAGAUACUUGAAGAGCAGCUGAUCAGUCAGUCCUGCAGGGAGUCCAGUCUGUGACCUGCCAGCUACAGGAACCUGCCAAUCUCCUCCCACACACGCUCAGCACCCGCACUCGGUUUUUUGCCUCUGCUUCCCUGCGGCUGGCUCCGGCUCAGAUGGAGAAACCAGGUGGGAUUGUGCAUCAGUCCAUCAGAUUAUCAUGCAGGUCUGUAAGUGUGCCAAAGAGGAAAAGCUCCACCUGCUCACCGGGGAGGGGAGAUUAUGGAGAUGAUCGCUUUUCUCUGAAAUAACAAAAAUACAAUAGAGAUUUCUUUCCUCUCAGGCUUUACUCUUUUAACCUGCAGAAGACAAAACUCUACCAGCCGAGAGAAAAAGUGCCUCUGCAGCUGAGAUUAAACUCCGCUGAGGGAGGAUUACGGACAUCAGGAGACUGAGGAGAGCCGACUCCACUUUUCGCACCUUUGCAACGUUUGGAAAAGUUCUGCUAAGUCAGCAAGAACUGCUUCAAAAUGUGGCUAAAACAACUUUCUACUCAGACAGUCAGUUUUUUUUUAGAAAUGUGGUCUUUACGGUAAACUGGACAACCACCACUGACAGCAAACGACCACGAGAUCCGUGUUCAGACCGUUUUCACUUCGCCAUGGCCGCCAAGGUGUUCGCUUUUCAUUAAAGUUGAUAAUCAAUCCAGGAAUCUCUGCAGCAAAUGCGUAAAUCAGACACAUAAACAACCCUAAAAUAUGAAAAUAAGACUCUCCGUGUUUGUAUAACUAGAGAAGAAAGCGGUCGGCAACAUUCAUCUUCUGAUGGGGUCGUCUAUCUCGAUGUUACGGUGUGUCUGACCCUAGAUUGAUUUUACGUUGGGACAUCCCUUUAACGCCACCAAAAAAAACUGCCAAAGUGAGCAAAGCCAGACCGGGUUCAACAAGUUAGAGGUGCUCAGAGCUCCUCUGAUUUCUUAAAGUUGGAAAUCUGUUUUUUGUGACUCAAGCUAUGAUGCAGAAAGGUUAAGGUUCACUGCAAGAAGGUUCCUGAAUCAGGUUCUGGUUGAGUUUUGCAGAUGAAUUAUGGUGGAAAAACGUGGUAAAAAUAUCCGUUUACAGCCUGAAACUAUUCGCCAACUCGUUUGUUUGAAACUAAAAAAGGUGUUCUUGAUAUUUUAAUGACACUGCGGCGGUUUACUAACACAGUCCUCCUAUAGUGACGGUAAAACACUGAUGAUGAGUUUGAUGCUGCGAAUAUUCGUCACCAGCCUGUAAACAGCAGCCGUCUGCUGUCCCACAUUUCACUCCGUUUGUGCGUUCAGAUCCAGUUUGAUCCGUGUUUGACCCGUUCCCCGCUCCGAGUCCUGUUCCUCUUUAAAGCCUCACCCCCUCCUCAGCUCCUCUGAUGUGCGUACGCCGGAGCCGUCGAUGCACCGCGCCUGUUAGCUGAGACGACCUAAUUUGUCACAUCACAUAGGCGCUGCGCUGAGACUAAUUCCCUCCCCUCAUUUAUUCUUGCUAUUAUUAAUAUUGCAGACGGUGCACUUUGUGUGACGUGGCGCCGCCGAGCUUUAACUCUCUCCUCGUCAGAAUGAGGAAUUACAGCCGAGCGCUUUAACCGAACAAGAGCGACGAGGAGGAUCUGUCGCUGUGACCCACUUCUAACACAACACGGUGUAAAUACUCACACACACUGCAUCUGUCGCUGCUCUUAAUCCAUUAUUCAUCUGGUUUUAUACUUUCUCACCUGUAGGAAAAUCACUCUCUACAGACGGGAACAUCCAGUUUACAGUUUCGAAGAAAUGAGGUUUAAUCAGCGCGAACUGUCCGACACAUUAGAGUUACGAAGAAGAGAGAAAACCCAAAACUGCCAAAGAGACGGACGAACUUUGAAGACAUAAAUCACAUAAACCGUCAACUCUAUCACCAAUUAAACAUUUUAUCUUUCGUUAACUUAUUGUGUGACGGCUGCCGAAUGGCUUAAUUUCCAUUUAUUAAUGCAUGUUAAAUAAAGCAGAAUAUUACAUUUAAACAUUGCAGCUGUAGCAACUUUAUAUAAAUUAAGCACUUUUAUAGUAAGCAGUCAAGGACUCGAGUAAAAAUGAAAGAAACUUUUAAGACUUUUUAGGCGGAGCAGUGAAAAGGGGUACAAUAAUCGACGCUCCUGCUGAUAUGGAUUCAGAUUUCUGCAUCUUUCUGUGUUAAAACAGUCAAACUUUUUCAGUGUUUCCUACAUGAUUAAAUAAAGUACUAAUAAUUUUGUUCAAUAAGGUCAAAACUAAGAAUCUAAAACUGCCCAAAGGUUCAUAACUGCUGAGUUCAUGUUCUUCAAAACCUCCCAGUAUCGACCCGUCGCUCCAUCAUCACCUUCCUGUUAAUCUAUGAUCCACAUCUAUCUGCUCCUCAUUAGCACGACUCGGUUUCUGUCGUUUUCUUCGGCGGUCAUAGCAAACGCAACAAUGGAGGACAUGGCGGCAUUGGUAUGCCGGCUGCUCGAUCUAUGACUAUUUGUCAGCCUCUAGGAGGCGCUCUCAUGACUCAAACGGUGAUGUCACUCCUGGGCCAAUCAGCAGCCUGCAGCGUGUUGACUUCACAUUUUCAACUCGAGCGAGAAGAUGCUACAAAAGUAGCUUGUGACAGGAGCUUUCACAAAAACCAAGUAUAGUAGGAGCGAGUGGAAAAGCCUGUUAGUGUCACAUAAACCUGAAAACACCUGAUAAAGGAGGAGUGAUCUGAAGGGGCUCAUCUGAACUUACGGCGUAACAUCAAAGUCUCUGAAAAGUUCAAAGGCUAAAUUGAAUCUUAAGUUUUUUCUUUAUUAAAUUUCAUAACCUGAUUUUAGGUCUUGUCCUUCAUGAGUACUCCAAACUUUACAGCCGUAAAACAUGUUAGAAGUCGACUGAAAUCCCAGAGGUGGAGGUCUCCGUGGUUCUGAUCUCUAUCAAACUGGACGUUCAGAGCCGAAACGAAUCGUAACACCCAGAUGAAAUAAAUCUGUUUCAGUGUUCAGGAGCAGAGGCAAACAAUUAAUAUAAUCCCUUUUGUCACACACACACACACACACACACACACACACACACACAAACACACACACACACACGUUUCUUCAUCUCUCCACAUGUUUAACUCGUACAGACACACAAACUCUCAGGUCUAAGGAUGAUCAGGUCUUCAUUUUCCCCUCAGCUCUCUAAAAAAUCAGACGUUUCCUGUCUGACCUUCACUUCCUCGACUGUAUGUUUAUAUAAUGAGCGUUUAUAUUAUAUAAUAUGGACGCCAGGUCCAUGAAGAUUAUGAUGCAGCACAAAGAACUGGAUUACGUGAUGACAACAGAUGCUCAAUUUUCACCUGUCCACGAGCAGAUAGAGAACCGAGUGAAGAUCCAGAUGCAGUAAAGAGAUAAAAUAAUAUAACAUUACAAACCAGGAGGAGACCCCCUUCUGGAAAAGUCUGGAUCUGCUGCUGAAACAGGGUCUGAACCGAAACACCAAUGAAGCAAAAUCUCGAUAAUGAAGACGAGGACGAAAAAAACACCAACAAUGUUUUUACAGCUCGUCCACAAAUCGUUGGUGUAAAUGACCCACAUCAUGUGUUGGUAUCACUUUUUUGUUUAAACACCACAAAAAAGAUGCUUCUUUAACGGACUCCUGCCUAUCUUACCUUUAAUAUUCUUCUCAUCGUUUUCUCUUACGGCGUGUUCACGAUGUUCAUGGAAGUUUAAUGUAACCGUUUUAUAAUAAAACGUUGUGAAUCAUAAGUCGGAGAAUCAGACCGAUGCUACACUUGGUUAUCAAUCAAUAAACCAGACCUCACAAAACCUGAGCAGGACUCAUCAGGCCGCUCGGUUUGGCAGGAACCAGCUGUUCCAGUUUGCUAACCUCUGCGCUGUUUCUAACUCCAUGUUUCUUUGUGUUUGUCAUACUUGGAGAGCCGCUGACACCGGACUGAAUGUACGAGGCGUGAGGUUGUCGGCGCUCCUCCGUUAAAAACAGGCUCUGGCUCAUGUCAGCUGUCCGGCUGCGGUCAUACGGCGAGUUUGGAUCUGAAUGCUGGUUGAUGACAUGGACUUUAUUUAACUCGUGUUUCUGGAACCGAUACUCGCCCUGGGAAAAAGUUUGUUGUGCUCUCUUGCAUUUCAAACAUUCGGUUGGAGCAGGAUGAGGCUCCUGACAUGAUCUUGUUUACAAGUCCUUCCCCCUACAAACCCGGAGGAGGGCGGGGAGACCGGGAGUCCUUUGUUUUCCAGCUCCGGGCUCGACAGCUGCUCUGCCAGAGAACCUUUUAAUAUUUGCUGCUUGCAUGCAGGAGGUCUCGGGGGGCCGUCACACUGCAGCAGCAGGUGCCAGAAGCUCAUAAAAAAGUAACACACAAACACACACACACUUUGAACAGAAAACACUCAGAGCAGAGACACGCUCACGCUCCAUGAUCCCCUCGCUGUUGUUCUGUUCCAGCCGCUUUAAUUGGGGAUUUGAGCCGUGCGGGUUCUUGUCUUUCUCACUGUGACGGGCUAAAAAUAGAUCUUUGACAAGUGUCAGAAAAGCAGCCGGGGCACGACUGUGCGGUCUCUGUCAGACGGGCUCCCUGGUGCAGGAGUGCAGAUGAACCAAAGUCUGUCACCCUGCUGCUCAGGAGCGGACUCCUGUUUCUGUUUCAUUCACUUGUUGCAUCAAAAGUUUCUCUGAUUAGAUGCGGCCUGUCGCUCUGCUCGGUUACAGCAGGUCUCUGAGAAACCAGGCGGCUUUUAAAAACACAGUUUUCUGUCUCCGAGCACAAAGACAGAUCCUUUCAAAGUCAAUAAAACCACGACCCAUUCACGGAGAGAGCCCGAGUCAAUUGAGAGUCAUUCCCUCUUCUCUCCCUCUGGCCUUGUUACGGCGAGAUAAUGACAUCUGUCACUGCAGCUCUUUGUUGGAGCAGACAGCAGUUUGGUGAACGGCAUGAACACUUACAAUCCUCCGAGCUGCUGCAGGAGACCGCCAAACGUGAAUUUUCCAGUUCGGGAUCAAUAAAGUAUAUCUAUCUAAACACACACACACACACACACACACACACACACACACACACACACACACACACACACACACGCGCGCACACACACACACACACACACACACACACACACACACACACACACACACACACACAGAGCAUGUAGCAUUUAGCAUGUUCAUUGUUCAUCCAUCAUUUCUCUGCAGAGCGGUGCAGGAUUUCCAGAUCUCACAGUUUAAUCGUCUAAAUUCUCUUUGCUGGUGUCUGAGCCCAUUAUUGAGUCUGUGGGUGUUGAGAGUCGACCUAUUUAUGCUUUGAGAAUCUCCUGGAGGUGUUACGCUUGUUAAUAAAACACACUAAAUAGCCGCGCAGAGCCGCUAUUUUAUUCAAAGCUUCAUCUCGGCUAAUGUUGCACGUGUGCUGCAGCUGCUAACGGUGAAUUUGUUUCUGAUUCUUUUUCCAUUGAUUAGGAUAAUUUAGACGAAUAAAACUAGACUGUCAUAUGAAUCAUUAUUGUUGUGUAGAGUUCCACGAAGGUGUCAGCAGAUUAUAGUCUAUGGAUUUAUGAUCUAGAGAGAAAAAUGAGUUAUUUUGUGUUCAUUUUCAUGCAGAUAUUUGUGGUUCAAUUUGAGUUCAUGUAUGCAGUUUAAAUGCAGCUUCAGUAUUUCAAACCAAAAUGAAAUCCUGAACACCACCCAUUCCAGAUAUGUUCGGACAUUGUGCAAAAAUAUAAUUUAAAGACAGAUUUCACCUUAACUUUUAAUUUAGCUGAAAACGGUGCAAAGAAAACAAUUUGCAUUCAAUUUGCACCAUAACUCUGAUAACAGAGGGCAGCACCAGUCUACCAGAGUAAAGAGAAGAGCUCAUCUGUGAUUGAGCAGACUGAGGAUUUUAUCAAGUACAGGACAAAAUAUCCAGAAGAAGAUACAGAGAAUGUGGAGAAAUCUCCGUGUCUUUAAAGGAGAGGGCUGAAAACCAGAACCAGACCUUGUGGUCUUCAGGCUCUCAGGUGGAACUGCAUUAAAAAGAGACAUGACUCUGCAGUCGAAGUCAACGCUUGGGCUCAAAAUCACGAAUGGAAACCAUCGUUUCUAAACGCAGUUUGUUGCUACUUAUGCAAAUGUAAGUUAGGACUGUACCAUGCAGAGGAAACCAAACCUAAACAUGGUCCAGAAACACCAGAAACUUCUCCUCAGAGUCCAUUUGAGAUGGACUCAGACGGAGGAGGAUGGAGGAGGAUGGAGGAGGAUUGACAAAUCUGUAUCCUUCAGGUCAAUACACAACAUCUGUGAUGAUACGGGGAUCCCCUGUGUGUAUUUCAGCAAGAAUGACAAACCAGAUUCUGACAACAGGGAUCACAACAGCAUGGCUCUGUAGUAGAAGAGUCCUUCACCUGUCACUCAAAACAUCAUAUAGUCAAAAUAGUCUAGACUGGAACGACAUGAGUGACUCCAGAAACUGGUCUCUCUGGUUACCAAGUAUUUACACAGUGUUGUUAAAUGAUUUUAAAGGAUCUGAUCCCACACUUGUUGGUUUAACAUCUUGAGGAGAUUGUGAAUCUUGAAGACUGAAGAUUGAAGAUGAUCGCAGUAAUCCUGCUGUUAUCUUAGCCUUUAGGGAGACAUAAAGCAACAGUGGAGCGCUAAGUAAUGACUAAGUCUGCAGCUGUGAAGAAGGUCCUAAUUUUAACAGGCGGGCUGACAACUGUCCACACACUGAUGUAAGGCGAUAAGGGCCAGAGCCCCGAGCUUUGAUGAGUUUCAUCUGAUGACGGAGGAGAGAGAGCAAACGGAGCGCCGCGGCGGAGCUGAUUUAUUUCAAAGAAUAAAACAAGUUCACCCAAAGGACGGCCGGACUCUGCCAAAGCAUUGUCUGCAGAGAGGUCACAUCCGGUUAGGCUUGGCUCUGUCAGAGGGGGUUGUUAGGUAAGAGUCUGCUCCUGCUGGCUUUAGAGGAGUGGAUAAGUUUAGACGGAGACUCCAAUUGGCUGCUUCAUGUCAGUCAAUCAAACUCUACCUGCCCUGACCGUGUAAGUCGAUCCACCAAACAAUCAGACAAACACUGUUACUCAACUGCAUUAAAAAGGUUGAAUAAUAGGGAGGACUAUUACUGCAAGAUUCGUGCACAGAGAUUUAGUCAGAAGAUGUCAGAGAGUCCGAUAACAAACAGUACUCAACGUGAAUUUUCAAACAUGACUGCAAAAGUAAAAAGGAUGCAGGGAAACAUAAUAUCAUGAUAUAUUUCUGAUGUAUUUCCUACUUUUGCACAAAUUUACAUCCAUUUAUCUACAUAAAACAAUAACAAACCAUUCAAACAAUCUCUUGAGAUCUGAUUUUCAGGGAUUCAGUGUCAGGAGUAUGAUCAAAAUCAAUUAUAAACUACUUUUGUGACACAUUUUUUGACAAAUGGCCUCCUGAUUCUUGAAAACUGUGACAAUUAGCGUUCAGUAAGAAUGUUAAGAAUCACGAAUCCCUGAUCAGCUGCACUCUGAUUGGUUUAAAUGUCUUACAAACGGGUCAAAUACCUGAUUUCAAACCCGUAUUGCUCAGUGAUUGUGUGGUAAACUGUUGGGGAAACCAUAGCAACCGUGGAGACCAAAGGAUCUCUUACUGUCCUGCUUGUUUUCUAUAUAAAAAUACAUAAAUAAGACCAGUUAUUUGUGCCUACACAAAAGAACAAAAGUCCACUUGGUCCCGCAGAUGCAAACAUUAAACUCUGUUGCACAAGUUACAUUUUCACCGUCAGUCAACUGAGCUCUAAAGAAGCGACAUAUGAAGGUGUUGCUUUUAUGUAAAACUGGAUUUAAUUGGAUUUAUUUAUUCAUUUAUCUUACUAUACUGUGAAACAUCUAAAAUCAUCCCACUUUCUCACUGACACACUUUGGUUUGCACGCAGCAGACUUCCUAGAUGUCUCUCAGGUUUGCAGUGUCUGCUGCGUCUAAUUUAAAAGCGCAUCAUUAAUAGAAACACCAGUUGUGUGCGUAAUAGAAAAUAGUGACACUGAAACUCGACACUCAUGUGACUACGCUCCACGCAGGGUGAGAAAUACAUGUGGAAAUUACAAAUGCAUUUACGCCUCCACUUUCUAAUUUGACUGACGGGGUCGGUCCUGGGUGUGACCCCGGGGUCGGGACCUUUGGCUGGACUUCAGCUUUAUGAUGUUCAGAGGCUCUAAGUGGAGCAGUCCUGAUCUGUGAUUGGCUGAGAGGCCCAGCAACGGACAGACCACACCCCUGAGAUAUCAGACACACCUGCUGGGCUAUGUCAGGAGAUAAACACAUUUAUACAGCGGGCCCCUCCCAUCUGUUAUACACCAGGCAUGUAAAGAUACAGUAAAGGACACAAGCUUUAAAUGAGCAAAAGCUGCAUCAUCUGAAAGUUUAAAGGCAAAAUUUGCUGCAAACACUGAGUUUCUUUGUAUUUUUGGUUUACAACCAAGAAAGUUUUGCAUGAAAACAAUCCUAAAGAAAAACCUAAGAGCUCUGUUUGCAUUAAAGUCCCAGGUAAUACUCUCUGAGACAUAAUCGUGCCAAGUUUUAGACAUCAUGGAUAAUAUGCAAAAAGUAAGAUUGCUCUUUUUAAAACAUUAAGAGCAGAAAAGCAUGAAAAUCUAUGAAAACACACAGUUAAAAUGCAUUUAUUUAACCUCACUUAGCAUAAAAUUUCACAGAAUUAACAAGUUUUAGGUUCAAUGUUGAUUUUUUCGAUAGUUCUCUGGUUGUUUUAGGCUCUUCUUUUAAAUUACAUCAGAUAAACUUAAUGUUUAAAGAAUCCUCCUUUUAAAAAGUCAGCUCAUCUUUAAGUAUUUCAGGUUUUUUACUCCACUUGUGGUCAGAAAACUUCCCCUAAUGAAUUGUUAUUGGCUGAAGUCUGACAUGUAAUAAAAGCGAGGAUGGGUUUCUGGUGUAUCAGUGUCUGGUGUGUCGGCGCUGUGAUGAAUGGGUCUAACAGGAAUCCUGGGAGUCCAGGAGCACAAGUGUUGGCUGGGACUCAGCGCUCCCAGCCAGCCAGUAUAAGAGCUGUUUGCAUAAAGAGCAGGGAUGAGACAGAGGCGCUGCAGCUCUGGGACUGUCGACAAGUCUGCCACUCUGCAGCCGGGGCGAGUCCACUAUCUGGGAGAGGAAAUCUACUCCUGCAGGUCAGACUCAGACUGUGGUCUUUGAUUUGAAGCCGUGAGGGUCAUCUUUGAGGCGUUUUUUAAGAUUGAACAUGUAAAAUCUGUACUUGUUGUGAUGUAACUUGGCUCUCUGUGUGGGUGCAGGUUCAGUUUAGGUCCUCUCUGUGCAGCUGCGGUCUUCACCAGUCGUUGUCUUUGAGUUUGGUCGUAUUAAUUAGAUGCACAGUCACCAGUUUGAGCGAAUAAUACUCGCAUAUGUUCGGAGAAACGGAUUUAUGUGAUAUUUUGUGUGAAGGUUGUUUUUAUAUUUUCUUAAAUACUGAAGGUCGGCGUUGUCUCUUAUUGUUUGGGAUUUUAGUAGGUUUAGAGCACAUUUGAAAACAGGUUUAACUCAGUUUCAGUCAAAACCCUGAACGUGGCUCCUCCUAAUGAAUCAUAUAUAAGAGUGAAUCUCAUUAAAGCUGGUUGGUUAUGAAUCAGGUCUGCAUUAGAAGCCGAUUUUUCAUGCAAAUUACCAAAUGAGAUCAGGUGAGCACCUUUGCAUCAGUCAAAAUGAAAGUCGCAUGUUUCAUCACAUGUCAAAUUCUGCAUGUUUCUGACGAGAAAACAAAACCACAGAAAUAGUAAAGGAUUUAAUAUCAAUGCUUGUUAAUCAGUGAAUGUUUUGGGGACUUUAGAGUUAAACUGUGAGCAUGUUCAUGAAAAUUAGACAUUUAGUAGGACGCCAGAGCUCACCGCGCUGUAACGGUAAUAUUAAGUCACCUUAUGUAAGCAAACCAGCUGUGUUAUAUCAGAGUUUAUGAGGUUUAGUUGUUGCGUUACAGUUAGAAAAUCAAAAUAUGAGCUUAUCACUUGAAGAAAGAGGAGCGGCACUAACGGAGGAUGUGUGUUUGAUUCAUUUGCAUGCUUUGGAAAGAGCUACAUCUUACAGACAGUGGGUACAGACUUAAUCUGAGAGAAACUUCAGAUUUUGUCGCCGGUCUCACUUUAUGGAAACUCUUCUAGGUGUUUUUAAUAUGCAAGUAAAGUUCAGCUUCACUCUGUAUCUGUAUUUGGCUCCAGCCUAAAUCCACAUGACUGGCCAAGAGGACAAAGAUUUCUUCCCACUGAGCUCUCAUCUGGCCUUUCUGAGAUGUCGCCCACCAGGCUGGAUGCACUAAUACUCUUUUUUGACUCCUCUGUGGGUGUUAAGCGCUGUUAAUGGAGCUUUUCCAGCCUUAAAGAGAAUAAAAUGUCCUGGGUGAAAAGUAAGACUCUGGGGUUUGCUGUGCAGAGCUGUCGGCUGGUCUUAUAAGCUGCGACAUCUGCUCCACACUGAGCGUGCUCUGCUGCCCAAAAAUGUGUAUUUGUGUUGCGCUGCCUUCAUUUCGAGUGACAAAUACAAAAACAUGUACCGAGGGAACAGCAGGAGCUGGUUACGCAACGAUGCCAGCGGUCGGAGAAGUGUGAGCGUGUUGUUGUUGAGGACUUUUUGAGUUUGAAUCGGCAUCUUUAAAGCCGUCAAUCCAAGACACUUGAACAAUUACAGACCGUCUUCUCUUUAUUCGAGGUCCGCUUUAGUUCCCAAAUCUGCUCUCCAGCUGCUACGACAUGAAUCAUUCAAAUCCAGGAAGAGCCGCUCGCUCAGAAAGUUUCGUUUUUAAUUCAUUGGGUUUUUCUUGGCCUUCCAUUAGGGGGACACAUUCAAAUUUUAACACUGAGCUGAGAAUAGAGUUUUUCUUAUUUCUGUUUUGGAAGUGUCUUUUCUCUGUUUUACUAAAAGUAUAACUCAGCUACACAAAAACACCGGUGGCAUAUGUCUUUGCUCAGUGCGGAGGGGGACAGGUGACUUUAGGACACUGGUCAGAAUCCUAACGACUUGAUUCCUGGACUUAUUAGCGGUGAAAAUAUAAAAUCUAACUGCUUUAAUUUUACAGGAAAUUACCGUAUUUCUCAUUAAUGCACCUGCAGUUUUUUCUGUUUUGAUUAAGACUUGUGUGUUUCUGUCCCCUGUCUUUCCAGGACUCUCCAAAGGGCAUGUUAUUGACUGA